CACGCAUCAUCCCCAAGCAGCACGCAUCAUCCCCAAGCAGCACGCAUCAUCCCGAAGCAGCACGCAUCAUCCCGAAGCAGCACGCAUCAACCCGAAGCAGCACGCAUCAUCACCAAGCAGCACGCAUCAUCCCCAAGCAGCACGCAUCAUCCCCAAGCAGCACGCAUCAUCCCCAAGCAGCACGCAUCAUCCCCUAGCAGCACGCAUCAUCCCCUAGCAGCACGCAUCAUCCCCAAGCAGCACGCAUCAUCCCCAAGCAGCACGCAUCAUCCCCAAGCAGCAGGCAUCAUCCCCAAGCAGCACGCAUCAUCCCCAAGCAGCACGCAUCAUCCCCAAGCAGCAGGCAUUAUCCCCAAGCAGCACGCAUCAUCCCCAAGCAGCACGCAUCAUCCCCAAGCAGCACGCAUCAUCCCCAAGCAGCACGCAUCAUCCCAAGCAGCAGGCAUCAUCCCUAGCAGCAGGCAUCAUCCCGAAGCAGCACGCAUCAUCCCGAAGCAGCACGCAUCACCCAAGCAGCACGCAUCAUCCCCAAGCAGCACGCAUCAUCCCCAAGCAGCACGCAUCAUCCCCUAGCAGCACGCAUCAUCCCCUAGCAGCACGCAUCAUCCCCAAGCAGCACGCAUCAUCCCCAAGCAGCACGCAUCAUCCCCAAGCAGCAGGCAUCAUCCCCAAGCAGCACGCAUCAUCCCCAAGCAGCACGCAUCAUCCCCAAGCAGCAGGCAUUAUCCCCAAGCAGCACGCAUCAUCCCCAAGCAGCACGCAUCAUCCCCAAGCAGCACGCAUCAUCCCCAAGCAGCACGCAUCAUCCCCAAGCAGCAGGCAUCAUCCCGAAGCAGCACGCAUCAUCACCAAGCAGCACGCAUCAUCCCCAAGCAGCAGGCAUCAUCCCCAAGCAGCACGCAUCAUCCCCAAGCAGCAGGCAUCCCCAAGCAGCAGGCAUCAUCCCGAAGCAGCACGCAUCAUCACCAAGCAGCACGCAUCCCCAAGCAGCACGCAUCAUCCCCAAGCAGCACGCAUCAUCCCCUAGCAGCACGCAUCAUCCCCAAGCAGCAGGCAUCAUCCCGAAGCAGCACGCAUCAUCACCAAGCAGCACGCAUCAUCCCCAAGCAGCACGCAUCAUCCCCAAGCAGCACGCAUCAUCCCCAAGCAGCAGGCAUCAUCCCGAAGCAGCAGGCAUCAUCCCGAAGCAGCACUUAUCAUCCCGAAGCAGCACGCAUCAUCCCCAAGCAGCACGCAUCAUCCCCUAGCAGCACGCAUCAUCCCCUAGCAGCACGCAUCAUCCCCAAGCAGCACGCAUCAUCCCCAAGCAGCACGCAUCAUCCCCAAGCAGCAGGCAUCAUCCCCAAGCAGCACGCAUCAUCCCCAAGCAGCACGCAUCAUCCCCAAGCAGCAGGCAUCAUCCCCAAGCAGCACGCAUCAUCCCCAAGCAGCACGCAUCCCCAAGCAGCACGCAUCAUCCCCAAGCAGCAGGCAUCAUCCCGAAGCAGCACGCAUCAUCCCGAAGCAGCACGCAUCAUCCCCAAGCAGCACGCAUCAUCCCCUAGCAGCACGCAUCAUCCCCUAGCAGCACGCAUCAUCGCCAAGCAGCACGCAUCAUCCCCAAGCAGCACGCAUCAUCCCCAAGCAGCACGCAUCAUCCCCAAGCAGCAGGCAUCAUCCCCAAGCAGCACGCAUCAUCCCCAAGCAGCAGGCAUCAUCCCGAAGCAGCACGCAUCAUCCCGAAGCAGCACGCAUCAUCCCCAAGCAGCAGGCAUCAUCCCCAAGCAGCACGCAUCAUCCCCAAGCAGCAGGCAUGAUCCCCAAGCAGCACGCAUCAUCCCCAAGCAGCACGCAUCAUCCCCAAGCAGCUGGCAUCAUCCCGAAGCAGCAGGCAUCAUCCAGAAGCAGCACGCAUCAUCCCGAAGCAGCACGCAUCAUCCCAAGCAGCACGCAUCAUCCCCUAGCAGCACGCAUCAUCCCAAGCAGCACGCAUCAUCCCCAAGCAGCACGCAUCAUCCCCAAGCAGCACGCAUCAUCCCCAAGCAGCAGGCAUCAUCCCGAAGCAGCACGCAUCAUCCCGAAGCAGCACGCAUCAUCCCCAAGCAGCAGGCAUCAUCCCCAAGCAGCACGCAUCAUCCCCAAGCAGCAGGCAUCAUCCCCAAGCAGCACGCAUCAUCCCCAAGCAGCACGCAUCAUCCCCAAGCAGCACGCAUCAUCCCCAAGCAGCACGCAUCAUCCCCAAGCAGCACGCAUCAUCCCCAAGCAGCAGGCAUCAUCCCCUAGCAGCAGGCAUCAUCCCCAAGCAGCACGCAUCAUCCCGAAGCAGCACGCAUCAUCCCCAAGCAGCACGCAUCAUCCCCUAGCAGCACGCAUCAUCCCCUAGCAGCACGCAUCAUCCCCAAGCAGCACGCAUCAUCCCCAAGCAGCACGCAUCAUCCCCAAGCAGCAGGCAUCAUCCCCAAACAGCACGCAUCAUCCCCAAGCAGCACGCAUCAUCCCCAAGCAGCAGGCAUCAUCCCCAAGCAGCACGCAUCAUCCCCAAGCAGCACGCAUCAUCCCCAAGCAGCACGCAUCAUCCCCAAGCAGCAGGCAUCAUCCCGAAGCAGCACGCAUCAUCCCGAAGCAGCACGCAUCAUCCCAAGCAGCACGCAUCAUCCCCUAGCAGCACGCAUCAUCCCCUAGCAGCACGCAUCAUCGCCAAGCAGCACGCAUCAUCCCAAGCAGCACGCAUCAUCCCCAAGCAGCACGCAUCAUCCCCAAGCAGCAGGCAUCAUCCCCAAGCAGCACGCAUCAUCCCCAAGCAGCAGGCAUCAUCCCGAAGCAGCACGCAUCAUCCCGAAGCAGCACGCAUCAUCCCCAAGCAGCAGGCAUCAUCCCCAAGCAGCACGCAUCAUCCCCAAGCAGCAGGCAUGAUCCCCAAGCAGCACGCAUCAUCCCCAAGCAGCACGCAUCAUCCCCAAGCAGCUGGCAUCAUCCCGAAGCAGCAGGCAUCAUCCAGAAGCAGCACGCAUCAUCCCGAAGCAGCACGCAUCAUCCCCAAGCAGCACGCAUCAUCCCCUAGCAGCACGCAUCAUCCCCAAGCAGCACGCAUCAUCCCCAAGCAGCACGCAUCAUCCCCAAGCAGCACGCAUCAUCCCCAAGCAGCAGGCAUCAUCCCGAAGCAGCACGCAUCAUCCCGAAGCAGCACGCAUCAUCCCCAAGCAGCAGGCAUCAUCCCCAAGCAGCACGCAUCAUCCCCAAGCAGCAGGCAUCAUCCCCAAGCAGCACGCAUCAUCCCCAAGCAGCACGCAUCAUCCCCAAGCAGCACGCAUCAUCCCCAAGCAGCACGCAUCAUCCCCAAGCAGCACGCAUCAUCCCCAAGCAGCAGGCAUCAUCCCCUAGCAGCAGGCAUCAUCCCCAAGCAGCACGCAUCAUCCCCAAGCAGCACGCAUCAUCCCCAAGCAGCAGGCAUCAUCCCCAAGCAGCACGCAUCAUCCCCAAGCAGCACGCAUCAUCCCCAAGCAGCAGGCAUCAUCCCCAAGCAGCACGCAUCAUCCCCAA